ACAGCCCUUGACAAUUCCAUUUGGAUUGAGACUGGCCUCCACAUCAACCCUUCAGUGGGUCCCACAGCCCGGAGUCAAGUCAGUCAAGUCCAUGGCCUCUGCUCCUGCAGCCAGUGUCUCACGGCUCCCUGUCCCCUUUUCCUCCAGCGCCCUGGGGGCUGAGAUUCCAUGGAAUCUGUUAACUGUCCUGCUUGUCCGCAUUCAAUUGCUAAUGAGGUCAGUGUUGUAAGGUCUGCGGUUCAGGGCCUGCACCCUCAGCUUACCUCCGUUCAAUGGUUCUUUCCUCUCUUGCAGGUCACCUCGUUCCAAAAUGGCAUCUUCCUUGCAUCAAGUUUUCUUAGUUGUUAGCUUCUGUGCUUCGAUCUGUUGUGUGUCCCCGUCCAGUCUCCCCAGCAAAGGAUCCCUCUGCCCGUCCUCCACAAAGGACUUCCGUUCCUCCACGAAGGACUUCCCUUCCUCCCAGGUGUCUUCCGGCAACACCAACUUCGCCUUCCGCCUGUACCGGCAGCUGGUUUCGAAGACCCCGAGCCAGAACGUCUUCUUCUCCCCAGUGAGCGUCUCUGCCUCCCUGGCCGUGCUCGCCCUGGGGGCCCACGCGGCCACCAAGACCCAGAUCCUGCAGGGCAUGGGCUUCAACCUCACACACACGCCAGAGGCCACGAUUCAGCAGGGCUUGCAGCACGUGGUCCGCUCACUCCGAGUCCCCAGCGAGGGCCUGGAUUUGAGAAUGGGGAAUGUCGUCUUCAUCAAGGAGGGGCUGCAGCUGCAGACAAGUUUCUUGAACGACGUUAGGAGUCUGUAUGAGUCCGAAGUCUUCUCUGCAGAUUUCUCCAAUGCCUCUACAGCCCGGAAGAGGAUCAACAGCUAUGUGGAGAAGGAGACCAAAGGGAAGGUUGUAGACUUGAUCCAAGACCUUGAACCUCACACAGCCAUGGUCCUGGUGAACUACAUUUUCUUUAAAGCCAGGUGGGCGAAGCCCUUUAGCCCUGUGUAUACAAGCAACAGAUACCCGUUCUUGGUGGGCAAGACCACUGUGAAGGUCCCCAUGAUGCACCAGAUGGAGAAAUUUGCUUUCGGGCUGGACCCCAAGCUGAACUGCUCGGUGCUGCAGAUGGACUACAGCGGAAACGCUACCGCCUUCUUUGUCCUCCCCGUCCAAGGCGGGAUGAGGCAGCUGGAACAGUCCUUGUCAUCCGGGGCCCUGAGGCGAUGGAGCCGCUCUGUCCAGAAGAGGUGGCUAGAGGUGUUCAUUCCAAAAUUUUCCAUUUCUACCUCCUAUGACCUGGAAAACAUUCUCCCAAAGAUGGGCAUCCGGGACGCUUUUGGCAAAGAUGCUGAUUUUUCUGGAAUCACAAAGAAAGAUUCCCUUCGAGUUUCCAAAGCCGCCCACAAGGCUGUGCUGAACGUCCGGGAGGAGGGCACCGAGGCCGCGGCGGCCACGGCCACCAAGCUCACGGUCCGGUCCCAGGAUGGCGCCUCCCACUCCGUCUGCUUCAAUAGGCCCUUCCUGCUGCUGAUCGUCAGCAGAGCCUCGGGGACAGUGCUCUUCCUGGGGAAAGUGGAGAAUCCCACUAAGUCCUAGGCGGGACCAGGCCCGGGCGAAUGGAUGAGACGC